AUGAAAAGUAUAAAGAUCGACAUCAUGGGAGAAUAUUCAGGAGAAUCAAUAUACACGAGGGAUAAUGCACUGAAUAGGAACAGUCAAGACACCGGUCAAACAGAGAGAAAUACUCCAACAGAUAUAAGACUGGAACAGAGUGUGAGAAACCUUGAGUCGAACGAUCUGGGAGGAGGAGGAGCUAGAAUAAUUAUGAUUAUAUAUUAUGAACAACUCAGAAUCAAACAAGAACUCCCCAGAGCAUACAGAAUCCAGAAGUCCAACAAGAUAAUUACAAGAAUAGAGCUGAACAAGUCAGAGACCAAUCGAUCACUAAAGAUUCUCCUGAAGGACAACUCCCCAAUCUAUCCUGUAAAACAGAAGAGAAAAAUAAACAACAAAGUGCAGCCACUGACGUUAAGUCUUAUCGGCGAAAAUAUAAGUAACCACCGAGGCCACGUCUCAAUUCUAAGAAUUCCCUCUGCUCCGGAAGUGCCCUUUAAUAAGUAUAGCAUAUCUAUUUAG